UUCAAAACCUAAUUUCACGUAAGAGGCUUCGCUCUUCGGAGCUGCCAAUUUCUGAAUCGCAUUUUCAAGAAUGCCUCGACGAUGGUGCUCUUUUGGUCCCUUAAGCUUAUAACCAAUAACACCAACACCAAAAGUCGAUCCUUUCUCACGUUAUCGACCACAAUUACUUCCUCAUUCUCGCGGUGUGCUUCUCCCUCUAACCCACUAUUCCGAUUGCCUUCCAAUAACGGUCCUCACAGAUUCUUUCCUCAUCUUUCCAAAUGGAUUAUCCCAUUUCAGCAAGGUCCUCUCUUCCUUGCUUGCCCACCAUGGAAGCUCUCUCAGUCCGCCACUCCUCUGUACCUGCAAGGAAAUGGCUUCGUUCGACGAAGGGUUGAAGCGUUGAAUUUGAAUCUGAAUUUACUUCGGGCUCGAACCCGUUUUCCUCUCAAAUUGUUGGAUCGGGUCGAUUCCAGCUCGAAGGAGUCUUCCAAGCACGGUCUCGUGGACAGCUUCGUUAAUGUGCCAAACCUCAUCUCCUUCAGUCGCAUAAUUUCUGGUCCUGUUCUCGGAUGGAUGAUCACAAAUGAGAUGUAUACUUCAUCGAUGAUAGGGUUAGCCAUCUCUGGGGCAACUGAUUGGCUGGAUGGAUAUCUGGCUAGGAAGAUGAAAAUUGAUUCUGUGGUGGGUUCCUAUCUUGAUCCACUUGCAGACAAGGUUCUUAUUGGUUGUGUUGCAAUUGCGAUGGUACAUCAAGAUCUAUUGCAUCCUGGACUUGUUGGACUUGUUGUAUUUCGAGAUGUCUUCCUUGUUGGUGGUGCAGUAUAUUUAAGAGGGAGUAGCUUGGGCUGGAAGUGGAAAAGCUGGUUUGAUUUUUUUAACCUUGAUGGGACUAGUCGUCAAAAGGUUGAGCCACUCUUUAUUAGCAAGGUUAAUACAGUGUUGCAGUUAGCAUUAGUUGCUGCAGCUCUUCUUCAACCUGAGUUUGGAACCCAAGAAACUCAAUCGUACAUUACUUAUCUGAGUUGGUUAGUAGCUUCAACAACAAUAGCAUCAACUGCAGCAUAUGGAGCACAAUACGCACGGAGAUCCGCACUUGCAACGAAGUUAGCUUAGGUUCUCCAUCGAGCUAACCACGUGAGGCACACCCAUAUUGAUAUGAACGAAAUUUAGUGACUGUAUAGAGUCAAUCAAAUUGUUCGCCAUAUACCUGGAGAUACCGAGCAUUCAGUUGUUUCAAUGCACUCAGUCGUGAGGGUCGGUAGAUUUUGUAUUUCUUAGAAGGAUGAAAUUUAAAUGUAAUUUUCUGUUGCUAUCGGCUAACUGAAUCAUGUGUAAUAAGAGUAUAAAAGGAUGUUGCGUGCGAAUGGAAAAUUAUAAUUCUUGUAUUA